AUGAUUUCUCGUGCUGUUGCUAGGCCUUCUGUCGCCUCUGCGGUGUCUGCGCUCGGUGCGCGUGCUGCCCCUGUGGCUGCGUUCCACGCGAGCGCCGCUCCCCAGGCCUCGCUCCGUGAGCUGGAGACGCGCGUGAAGAGUGUCAAGAACAUCGAAAAGAUCACCAAGUCGAUGAAAAUGAUUGCCUCGACCAAGCUCAACCGCGCCCAGCGUGCCAUGAACGCCGGUGUGGCCUUUGGCCAGGCCAGCGAGGAGGUGUUCAAGCAGUCGGAGGCCAAGCCCCUUGAGGGCGGCCGCGAGCUGUUCAUCGUCGUCUCGUCCGACAAGGGUCUCUGCGGUGGUAUCCACUCGUCGGUGUCGAAGCGCACCCGUAACGAGGUGAACAAGCUCGUGAGCGAGGGCGGCGAGUCCCCGUCGGUGGUUGUGCUCGGCGAGAAGAGCAAGGGUCAGCUCGCCCGUGCCCUCCCCUCGUACCUGGCUCUGUCGUUCAACCAGGUCGGCAAGGACGUGCCCACCUACGAGGACGCGCUCGCGAUCACCUCGACCAUCCUCGAGAGCGGCCUCGAGUUCGACACGGUCAACAUUGUGUACAACAAGUACGUCUCGUCGAUCUCGUUCGAGUCGGCGAUCAUGCCUGUCUACCUGGAGAAGGCCCUCGUUGAGGCCCCCAACUUUGGCCAGUACGAGCAGGAGGAGGACGUCGUCAAGGACCUUGCUGAGUUCUCGCUGACCAACGCCAUCUUUGCCACGCUUGUCGAGGGUCACGCUACGGAGAUCAACUCGAAGCGUAACGCCAUGGACAACGCCUCGAAGAACGCUGGUGACAUGAUCACCAACCUCAACCUGCUCUACAACCGUGGUCGCCAGGCCGCGAUUACCAACGAGCUUAUCGACAUUAUUACCGGUGCCUCGUCGCUGUAA